UAUACUUUAAGUAUGAUUAUGUAUUAAUACCAAUCCUGGAUAUACUUCAGAAAAGCAAUAUGAAGGUAUCCCAGCAUUAUAUUUUACUCACGAUUCUGUGUCAAUUUCCUGUUAGGUAGGAAUGUGACGAUAAACAUCCCUAGUCUGAUAUCUGUUCCUGGGACGAACAUGCUUGGCCUGAUCGUUUUUUCCGUACUUGUCGGAUGCAUCCUGUCCAGUAUGGAAGACAGGGCCAAACCAAUGAUUAACCUAUUCCGGUGUAUGUAUGAGGUUGUGAUGCGACUAAUUGGGAUAUUUAUUUGGUUUACCCCCAUCGGUUUGCUGUUCCUCAUAGCAGCGUCUGUUGUUCAGACUGAGCGGCCCGUCGUCGUCCUUCAGGAACUGGCCAUCUUUUUCCCUACUGCAGUGUUGUGUUUACUCCUGCAUUCAUUUGGAUCACUGUCGUUACUUUACUUAUUCGUGACGAAAAAGAAUCCAUACAAAUUCCUUCUGAACAUGUCUAAAGCUUUGCUGACAGCAUUCGGAACAGCAUCGAGCGCGGCUACGCUACCCGUAACCAUGGACUGUUUAGUCAACAAAAACCACGUGGACGGUCGAGUUGUGAAUUUCAUUACGCCAAUAGGGGCUAUCAUCAAUAUGGACGGGACAGCACUAUAUGUAUCUAUGGUGACAAUCUUUAUAUCACAGAGGCUCGGAGUGACAUUAGAUUUCGGGAGUUACAUAAUAACUGGUCUCUCAGCGUUUGGGAUCUCAGUAGGAUCUGCAGGUGUACCCAAUAUGGGUAUAAUGACCAUGGCGAUCGCAGCUAUGGCAGUUGGUCUACCGGUAGAUCAAGUACUUCUGGUGGCCCCCGUGGAUUGGAUAGUUGAGCGGUUUCGAACUAUUGUAAAUAUAAAUGGUGACUCCAUAGGAGCCGGGAUUGUCCACCAUUUGUCUUCAAAGGUUUUGGUAAACACCGAAAAAGACAACACUCAAGAUACUGAUGUUGAUACAAGAGAGACAUGCAGUAACCUUAACGAAACGGAAAGUCUCGUUUGACGAUGUUUUAUAUCAUCGCUGCAUACUCAAGCUGGCAGCUUCGUUUAUCAGUUCUGAUUCAUCAGUUCAUAUAUGAAUUGAAUGUGGAACUUUCCAGGACUAGUAUGAAUGUUAUAGAAAUUACAUACAAUAAAGAUCAUAUGAAAAAUUGAAUAGUACAAAAGAACAACAAUGAAGAAGCAUCUGAUACUUGUGUCAAAAGCAUCAAUAUAUCAUCAACGUAUAUAUAAAUUAUAUAUAAACAUUUAAACAAUUGAUAACGCUUUAUUAAUUUUAUCCUCAGUUUUGUUUAAGUUUUUCUCUUCACUUUCCAUGCCAUCACAGCGAGAAAAAGAUGACUUUUAGUACCCACACCAAUUGUAUCACCGCAUUGACUGCUAUCAGAAAUCAGAAAGAAUUUUUCUGUAGCAUGAAUACGCAAUGUCAUUGAACAAUUUCUUGGUUUAUCGGGGGAAAAUCCAAAAAAAGUUAGGUUUUGUUUUAUUGUCCGACCAAUAGAUAUGAUCAUUUAAGAUUCAAUACCUUGCCUUUGUUCUAAAUGAACAGAUGUCGAUGGAAUUAUAUUUUAAGAUGUAACGUUCACGGACUGUGUUUAGCAGUAAAAACAGGGAUGGAUAGUAUUGCAACAGCAAUACAAAGUCCCCUGCCUGACCUAGGAGUGCACCUAUUUAUUUCCCAUUUUUUAAACUACGUGUUAUACUGAUCAUGUAUACCAAGUUACUUUAAAAUCGGAGUACUUUAGGACAAUCUAAAUAAAACUAGAGCUGUCACCUAGGGGGUGACAAGUAUACCCCCCGCUUUUCCAUGAUUGGUUUGGAUACGUUGUAAAUCUGCCUAUUUAUGGUACUAUAACCAAUUCAAACAUGUUCUAUGUUUAGGUAAGAACUAAGUGAAUGCAUAGCCGAACAAAAUUUUGCUCGUUUUAAAAGAAAGGGGGGCAUAACUCUAUUAGAACUGAUAAUUCGGUAAAAUCUUUGCAUAGAGCUAAGCCUCAAAGGGUCCUCUAACUACAUACCAAAUUUUAGUAAAAUCAAUUGAAUACAAAGCAAAUGCAUAGCCGGACAAGCUAGUAACCAUUCUUUACAUAAAGGGGCAUACCUCUGUUAAAAGUUUUUUUUUUCGGAAGAAGCCGUUACUGGAGACACAACUUAAUGCCAUCCUUCAAUGCUGUAUAAAGUUUCAAGAAAAACCAUCAAAUACUAAGUGAAUGCAUCAAUCGCAAAAUCACUGCAGGGGACACAAGUUCAUAUGGUCUUCUAACUAUAUACCAAAUUUGAGUGAAAUCCAUAAAGAAAUGAGCGAAUGCAUAGCCGGACAAGUUUUGUCACAGACGGACGGACAAAGUGAUUCCAGUAUCCCCCCCCCCCCCCCCUAAUUAUCCACUCCGUAAACUCCGUAUGAACAGUUCAUACG